UGAAACAGCAGGAGGAAUCAAACAGCGAAGAGAGGAGAGAAAAAUCAGCCUGAAGGGGAAGAGGGGGGAAGCCUGUGAGUGAGCACAGACGGAACUGCCUGGCUGAGUGUCAAGGAAGCAAGUUUCUGGCAGUGUUGCAGCUUGCCCCUGCUGAUCAGUUACCCUCACGCUGCAGGGAGAGACAGGGACUUCCAAGCCAAUCCAGACAGGCAUCCAGCGUUGUUGCCACGAGGCUGUCAGGAAGGCAGCAUGGAGGUCCGGCUGCCCAGCAGCUUUCCGCUCCUGCUGCUUCUUGCCUGGCUGACUGUCGCAGGAUUUGCUCACCAGAUUUCACCCAUGGUUGAUGUGUCGGUAAGGUUAGAUCUCAUUUUGCAGUGUCUGUUCCAGACAGGCUCAAACAGCACUGCUGAGGAGGUGAAGUGGUUUAAUACCACCCAAAACAAUGAAGAAAAUCAGAACAAAGGUGAUGUGGAGAUACAAAAUGGUUCGGGUUCUGCCCAGCUUGUCUUCCUCAGUGUCAAUGAAACACAUACAGGAACGUAUCUCUGCAAGAUGGAGAACAGAGAGAGUAUGUCCAAGAACAGACAGACUGAAUGCAACAGCCAUGGGACAGCCAGCCAGCCAGAAGAGUCAGUAGUCACUGUGGAGUGUGCGUUCAAGAUUUGGUUGGAGAAUCUCACAGUACAUAUGAAUUGGUGCAAACCUGAAGAUCAGGACGCAGGGAAGAAAACCAACCCCAAGGCUCUGAAAGAAAACAGUACUAAUCCCACCACACCCAGUGUGUGUGCAGCCAGCACAAGAAUCUAUGGGUGCAGGGUGUUUGUCACAAGAAAAAACUUGACAGACACUGGAAACGGCACGCAAGGAGCAGUUCCCAGCAGUAGCCCUGGGAAAUGUCAGACCAAGAUCAACAAGGAGACCGGGACAGGAUUCAACUGCCCCCUGUGUAUCAUCUUUGGCUUAGCGGUCGGGACGCUUCUUUACAUACCGAUAAUUGGCCUUCUGCUGUGGCAGUGCAGAAGGAACAGAAAAGGAGAGCUCACAAGCAGGCAAAUGACAGAGGGGAAUCAGCUCAGCAUGGCAGCCCCAGUGACAGGGGCCGAGGACCUGACCUAUGCCAACCUGAAGUUUGAAAAGAAGGGGACAAACCCCAUCUCCUCUGACAUAAUUUACACUGAGAUUGCAUCAUCGCAACAAAAGCAGAGCUGCAGGGAUGCGGGUGCUGCCAAUGCGGGGGUGGAUGUCUCCCCCGAGGGAGAGGGCAAAUGAGGAGAAGGGAAGGAUGAGCAGCUUGUUGUAUGCCUGUCGGGGUCAUCAUCCCUGAAAACUAGGUGUUAGCUCAUAGAAAGUGCAAUCUUUGUGACCAAAGCCACCUAUUUACCCCCAAAUGGCUGCACCGCUGGGCUUUAUGUUCCCUUGGAAGAAGCCACCUCUCACAGUGAGGACAGGGCUCUUCCAUCUGGUUUUUUCCCUUGCCUUCCCACAGCCCCAAGCACCGCCAAGCCUCAGCAACUCCUUUCACAGUCUCCAGUCACUGCUGGGCUCUUCUAGCAACUUGCUCCAUGUUUCAGUGAUGUCACCAUGCGCUGCAUGGCAACCAUGGUCCAGGAAGCACUUGAUGUCCCCUUGGUGCUGGACAUGCUGGAUGGGGUGAUCAUGAAAAGCUCCUCUCAGUGCUGGAAAAGUCCUGGAGCAAUUUUCUGGAUUUCCUCCGGAGCCAGCACCUGCAGUAACAUGGGUUGACCUUGCUCUGGUUCACUCUCUCAAAGCACAAGGAGCAAGGAUGGAAAGGCAUUGUUUGCUUUGCAGAGGUACAAUGCAGGUGCUGCUGCAGUGUUCUAUGUAGAUCUGCUUCCUACUGGGAGUGGACAGGUGUCCACAUGCAUAUAGAGCUUUCCUGUAAUUUGGAAAAAAAAAAGAGGAAAAUAAAAAGCAAUGUU